CCAUCUCUCGCACAAUUUACAAGGACAUUAGCGUACCAACCGAAAUCAAUUUUUUACGCCAUUUAUUACUCACCAAAUCUAUUGAUGAUAUUGAUGAGUAUGACGCAGUCCGCAAAAUGACAAACAAGUCCGGUCACUGCAUCAAGGAG